CGAAUCUAGCGCUGUCAAUGAGAUGGUAUUAAAUUUUUGAGUCCCGAAACUGACAGUAAGAAUUGAGUCAUCCAUGCGACUUGCAUGGGCAUAAACGCAGCCUCCGUUCUGAACCAUCUCAUCAAUGGCGAACCCACCACCUCCAAAGCGCCAAGGUCUCAAGAAGCAAAAGCCUUAACUACCACAAUCCUCAACCACCUUCGUUUAGGCCGACUUGGAAAGGCCGUCUCUGUUUUAUUCUCAGCUCCAGUACCUUUCCCUUUUGAUCUCUAUGCUCAUCUCUUCAGAAUCUCUGCCUCUAAGAAGGCCAUUGUCGAAGUCCGUAAAGUGGAGUCCCAUUUGGUCAGUUUCGCCCCAACCCCACCUGUGUUCUUGCUCAAUCGAGCUAUUGAGGCGUACGGUAAGUGUGGGUGUUUGGCUGACGCUCGAGAGCUGUUUGAUGAAAUGCCUCAAAGAGAUGGUGGGUCUUGGAAUGCUAUGAUUACUGCUUAUUCACAAAAUGGGUAUUCUGGGAAGGCAUUGGGCGUUUUCUCUGAUAUGCAUAAGUCUGGUAUUUUUGCUGCUGAGGUCACUUUUGCAAGUGUUCUUGCUUCGUGUGCCUCUACCUUGGCAUUUUGGCUUUCUAGACAGGUGCAUGCCCUCAUUUUGAAAUAUGGUUUUGGCGGUAACGUGAUUUUAGGGAGUUCACUUGUAGAUGUAUAUGGCAAGUGUUGGAGAAUGGGUGAUGCGCGGAGAAUGUUUGAUGAAAUUGAGAGUCCAAAUGCUGUUUCUUGGAAUGUGAUUGUUAGGAGGUAUCUUGAGAUGGGCAAUGGAAAAGAGGCUGUCUUUCUGUUUUUCAAAAUGAUUAGUCUUAAUGCAAGGCCUCUGACAUUUACAGUCUCAAAUGCUCUAGUUGCUUGUUCUAGUUUUGGAGGAUUUCGUGAAGGAAUUCAAAGUCAUGGAUUUACAAUCAAGAUUAAUUACGAAGAGGAUGAGGUGGUUUCAUCCUCUCUGAUUGAUGUGUAUGUGAAAUGCGGGGAUUUGGUGAGUGCUCGGACGAUGUUUGACCUGCUAUCCCCCCAAAAUUUGAUUCAUUGGACUUCUAUGGUGUCAGGAUAUGCCAUGAGUGGGAAAACCAGGCAAGCUAGGGAGCUUUUUGAUAAGAUGCCUGAACGCAAUAUAGUUUCAUGGAAUGCAAUGCUAGCAGGAUAUGCGCGUAGUUCACAAUGGGAUGAAGCAAUGGAGUUAAUUGUUUUAAUGUGUAAAGAUACGAGGGACAUUGAUCAUGUGACUCUCAGUUUGAUCCUAAAUGUUUCUGCAGGGCUUUCUGAUGUUGAGUUGGGAAAACAGGUUCAUGGAUAUAUAUAUAGGCAUCGUUUCUACUCCGACUUGUCCGUUGCCAAUGCACUUCUUGAUAUGUAUGGAAAAUGUGGGAACUUGAGAAGGGCUAGAGCUUGGUUUUACGAAAUGAGUCAUUUCCGAGAUAUGGUUUCUUGGAAUGCUUUGUUGAGUAGCUAUGCUCGUCAUAGGAUGAGUGAAGAAGCUUUAGUAAUUUUCUGGGAAAUGCUAGGAGAGGCAACACCUAGUAAGUUCACUUUUGCUACUCUCUUGGCGGGUUGUGCAAAUAUCUUUGCUCUUGAACAUGGUAAACAAAUCCAUGGAUUUAUGAUUAGAAAUGGUUAUGAUUUGGAUAUCGUGAUUAAAGGAGCUUUGGUUGACAUGUAUUCCAAAUGUCGUUGUCUUGACUAUUCACUGAAUGUUUUCAUUGAGACUCCUGUGAAAGAUGUUGUUCUCUGGAAUUCUCUGAUGCUGGGAUGUUAUUAUAAUAAACGAAGUGAAAUAUUAUUUCAGUUGUUUGAGGUAAUGAAGGAGGACGGUGUGAAGCCUGAUGGUACUACUUUCCAAGCUGUAUUGCUUGCAUGCAUUUCUCAGGGUUGUGUGAAAUUGGGUAGGCUGCUUUUCAAUUCAUUGAGUGAUGAUUACUUUAUUAUACCACGUUUGGAGCAUUAUGAAUCUAUGAUUAAGCUAUAUGGUCUGUAUGGAUUCUUUGACGAGCUUGAAGAUUUUGUUAAGAAGAUGCCAUUUCAACCAACACCCCCUAUGUUAACAAGAGUUUUUGACUUUUCCAAAGAGCACGGGAAUACAAGGUUAGGAGAAUGGGCUGCCAGACAACUUAAUCUUCUGAAGGACUGAAAUGUUCUAUUCCAUUCUGCUUCAAAGUUAUGGAUGAGAACUAACUUGUAACAAGGUUGGCCAAGGCUAUUGUCACUAAAACAUGUAGACACAACCUGCUUGCUGAUUUUGAAUUUUUGCAACAAUAUUUUGAUUGCUGUCAGACCAAUACUUUACUGGAGCCAAAUAUUGCAGACUCAGAUCUCGGGAAAGUACUUGAACCUAUGAGUAUUUGCAUAAUUCAAACACAACAAUAUUUUGAACUGCAACACAUAGAAGUUGCAGUUUAGGUGGCCGCUGCAUAACUCUUGGUAAUAUAAAUGCUGAUCAUCUGUGGUGGUUUUGGCAUUUGCGACAAGGAAAUGACUGCAUGGUGGCUGUUUCUAACAGAUAAAUAGGGAACAGAUCUUUCUUUUCCUGGAUAUCCAAUUGGGGCAGAAACAGAUCGAUGGCCAGUGAAGAACAGAAAGCUAUUCAAUCAAACAACAAGUCAAGGUCAAUCCCCAUAGAAAGUGGAUGUAGUAUUCUGACAAAGUUGCUUCAGAGAACGAACUCGGCACUGUCAGCCUUUUCACUUGAGCAUGGUAGAACUAGUCUAAGGUGAACAUGGGCGAAGAAAUUGUUCUUAAUUAAGAUGUGAUACAAGUAAAUGUGUGUGAAAGAACCAUUGUGGACUGCACCCCAGUUGCUAUCAUUGGACCAGCUGACAAGACUACUCAGACAGAUGGAUGCAAAGAUGACACUGGAUUGGGUUAAGCUGACUUCAGGAUUCUUCAUAGUGUAUCUGGCCAGAGGCCAAUAGAAGAGUUCAUUGUAGUACAACAAGCAGUGGAAUAAGGCUGGUAAUAAUAAGUCUAGUUCUAAGUCAUAUAAGAAGGUAAAAACAGCAAAUUCAAGGACAUCCUGGAACUACAAUAUCUGCUAUGGAUGAAAGGGGAGAUUUUCAAAUUUUGUUAAGUUAAAUGUGAUUUUUCACUACAAGUCAGGCUUAUUACUAUUACUAUUAUUAUUA